AUGGAGCUUGAGGACGAUGGUGCCAUGGGAGGAAGAGGAACUGGUGGCACGUGGACAGAGGAGGACCGAGCUCUCGGCGCUGCCGUGCUUGGAGCAGAUGCCUUUGCAUAUUUAACGAAAGGAGGUGGUGCCAUAUCCGAGGGCCUUGUCGCUGCGUCUUUGCCGGAUGACUUGCAGAACAAACUCCAGGAGCUUGUCGAAUCCGAGAGCCCUGGCACUGGUUGGAACUAUGCCAUCUUCUGGCAGCUCUCGCGCACAAAGUCUGGUGAUCUCGUCCUUGGAUGGGGGGAUGGCAGCUGCCGUGAGCCCCGAGAUGGAGAGGUGGGAGGUGCUGCUUCUGCAGGCAGCGAUGAUACCAAGCAGAGGAUGCGCAAACGUGUGCUGCAGCGGUUGCACAUUGCAUUCGGGGUUGCUGAUGAGGAGGAUUAUGCCCCUGGUAUUGAUCAGGUUACAGAUACUGAGAUGUUCUUCCUAGCAUCUAUGUACUUUGCCUUUCCCCGUCGCGCUGGUGGCCCUGGCCAAACAUUUGCAGCAGGCAUCCCCCUCUGGGUUCCCAAUAGUGAGCACAAGGUAUUCCCGGCCAACUACUGUUACCGGGGGUUCCUCGCAAAUGCGGCAGGAUUUAGGACUAUUGUUUUGGUGCCAUUUGAGAGUGGUGUCCUUGAACUGGGCUCAAUGCAGCACAUAGCUGAGAGUUCUGAUACUAUCCAGACCAUACGGUCUGUAUUUGCAGGGACAAGUGGUAAUAAGGCUGCAGUACAGAGACACGAGGGAAAUGGUCCUGCUCCUCCUGAAAGGUCGCCUGGUUUGGCGAAGAUUUUUGGGAAGGAUUUGAACCUUGGCCGGCCUUCAGUUGGGCCGGCGGUUGGUGUAUCUAAGGUAGAUGAAAGGACAUGGGAGCAGAGGAGUGCUGCUGGUGGGACCUCAUUGCUACCGAGUGUCCAGAAAGGAUUGCAGAAUUUCACUUGGAGUCAGGCUCGUGGCCUGAAUUCUCAUCAGCAGAAGUUUGGCAAUGGUGUGUUGAUUGUGAGCAAUGAAGCUGCACACCGCAACAACAGAGCAGUGGACAGCCCUAGCGCAACACAGUUUCAGCUUCAAAAGGCGCCUCAGCUUCAGAAAUUGCCGGUUGUUCAGAAAACACCACAGCUAGUGAACCAGCAGCCGAUGCAGCCACAGGUACCUAGGCAAAUUGACUUUAGCGCCGGGAGCAGUUCCAAGCCUGGUGUGUUGGUUACAAGGGCAGCAGCAGUCCUGGAUGGGGAGAGUGCAGAGGUGGAUGGCUUGUGCAAAGAGGAAGGGCCACCACCUGUUAUAGAGGACCGACGGCCAAGGAAGAGGGGAAGAAAACCAGCAAAUGGGAGGGAAGAACCACUUAAUCAUGUUGAGGCUGAGCGCCAGAGGAGGGAGAAGCUCAACCAGCGGUUCUAUGCACUUAGGGCUGUUGUGCCAAACAUAUCGAAAAUGGACAAGGCGUCCCUGCUGGGCGAUGCGAUAACGUACAUCACUGACCUCCAGAAGAAGCUCAAAGAGAUGGAGACAGAGAGAGAGAGGCUCUUGGAGUCCGGUAUGGUGGACCAAAGGGAGCGGCCGCCUAGGCCAGAGGUGGACAUCCAGGUGGUGCAGGACGAGGUUCUUGUUCGAGUGAUGUCUCCAAUGGAUAACCAUCCAGUCAAGAAGGUCUUCCAAGCGUUCGAAGAGGCAGAAGUCCGCGUAGGCGAGUCAAAGGUGACGGGCAACAACAACGGGACAGUGGUGCACUCUUUCAUCAUCAAGUGUCCUGGCACUGAGCAGCAAACGAGGGAGAAAGUGAUAGCGGCAAUGUCUCACGUGAUGAGCAGUUGA